CAUAAUUACAUAGUUCAGCAGUUUGAACACCAGUGCACAGGGAGUCAUUUAUUUUACUCAAGACUACAGGACACAGAGAGGCAAAACGUGAUUUAAAUAAACUAAACUAUAUAGUCAUGUCUAAAUUAUUUCUGCAGUUUGGGACUUUGCUCUGUACUGCUACAGUAAUAAUGGCUUUGUGUGGAGGGCUCUCCAAGGUGAAAGAAGCCACUGCUGAGGUGCAGCAAAUCUGUGAUGAGAUGAAGCCUCAUGCAGAGCAAAAAGCAGGAAGAAAGUUUCAAAUCUUCACUGCUAAAUCCUACAAGACACAGGUGGUAGCUGGAACGAACUAUUUCAUCAAGGUCCAUGUGGGUGGCAAUGACUAUGUUCACCUGCGUAUCUAUAAGACGCUGCCACACGCUGGAGAAAAACUGGCACUUCAUGGAAUACAGACACCCAAAGCCCAUCAGGACCCCAUCGAAUACUUCUGAACAUACACUUCAUUAAGAAAGAGACACCAUCGAAACUGCACUAACACACAUAAACAGGAACUGUAUUUGAAUUUGUAUUCCAUAUGGAAUGUCACUGGCUUAAAACUGAGUGACAUUAAUCACAACCUGUUUAUUCCAUCUUAAUUCCUGAACUGACAAGAAAUGAGCUGCUUCUUCAAUUAAUAAAAAGGCAGUGAUAAAUAUCAGUCAUUUACAAUCUCUCAAUUCCUUUUAAAAUUGAUCGAACAAAUGGAGUGGUGUUUGGUAUUUGAUGUGUUUAUAAUGUGUCUAUAUGUCCAUCUUGAAGAAUGCAAUACCUGUAAUAAAAUUAAAGGUAAAAAUAAACAUUGACACAUGA